AUGAACUUGAACAGGAAGCGAAGGGUCGCUUUCUGUUGUUGCAAGAAUUCUGAGAAAAACGGUUUUAUCUUCUUAAACUUCUUCACUCUUAUUCUCUUUUGUCUUUAUUUCCUCGCCCUUUCUUUUUGUUUCCUUUUCUUUUUUUCCCUUUGCUUAAAUUCCUCUUCUAUUUGCUUCCAUUCCAUUUUGUUUUGGUUUCCAUUUUUUUUAACAAUUUCGUCUUCUAUUUGUUUCCAUUGCAUUUUUGUAUUUUUGUCCUUUCCUUUUUUUCUCUCUCUUUAUUUAAUUUCCACUUUUUCUGUCUUUCUUUUCCCUUUGCUUAAUUUCCUCCUCUUCUUUCUUUUUGUCUUUUCUCUCUUCCCCCCUGUUCUAUUUACUCCUUUUCUUUUUGCAGUGAUUUUUCAUCUUCUAUUUGCUUCCAUUGUUUUUCGUCUUUUCCUUCUUUUCCUUCUUUUUUCUUUACUUAAUUUCUUCUUCUUCUAUUUGCUUUCUUUUUGUUUUAGUUUCCUUUCCUUCUUUUCUCUAAGCUUAAUUUCUUCUUUUUUCUUCUUCUUCUUCUUCUUCUUCUUCUUCUUCUUCUUCUUCUUCUUCUUCGUCGUCGUCGUCGUCGUCGCCUUUACUUUCUUUUCGUUUUGCUUCCCUUACACCUUUAUUUUCGCCUCAUUUCCUCCUUGUAAGUCCAUCUUCUCAUUCUUCCCUUCUUUUUGUCUUCGUUCUAUUAAAACAUUGAAUUCAUACAUACGGUCUUUUUUUUUUCUCUCUCUCUCUCUCUCUCUCUCUCUCUCUCUCUCUCUCUCUCUCUCUCUCUCUCUCUCUCUUCCUUCGCUAUUUAUGAAUUACUAUUCAUUUCUUUCAUGUGACUUCUUUCAGGGGGGUGGGGGGGGGCUCGGAUUUCCCAACGUCAGCCGAUGGCGACCGAAGAACUGGAGAGAAAGCACUGGCAGCAGCUUCUGA